AUGGUAUAUGUCACGGACAUUCUGGAGACUCCCACAAGUUUCAAGUUUCACAAUAAAGUGAACAACACCAAAAUCAUCCAUCCACCCACCAUUUCCAAUGUUACUCCACCUGCUGGCAUGUGGUACAACUUCUGCAAGCUAAAACCACUCUCCCCUAAGGAAGCCUUUGAAGAAGACCUCUUGCUACAGUCCAUUGCUUGGCCUGACACUCCACCUUUACAAUCUCUUUCCCUGAGAAAGUCCAGUGACCCAGCCCACAGCACCUUCACCAUUCUCGGAAGGAUGGGAGGAGGACAGUGGCAAAUAGGGGAUAAGAUGGAGGUUAUUAUUAAAAUGUAUGAUUUCCAGGGUCGUCCAAAGAACUGUGGGGGAGACGUCAUAGUCGCUCGCCUACACAACCCAACUCUUGGUGCAGGUGUAGCAGGGAAAGUAGUGGAUCAUCUCAAUGGCUCCUACUCUGCCGUAUUCUCUUUACUCUGGGAAGGAAGUGCAGAGGUUGAGGUAAUACUGGUUCACCCCAGUGAGGCAGUCACAGUGCUGGGCAGACUCACCAGAGAACAGCCGGAUAGAGUUUUUUUCGAAAGCCAGUUCCGCUCAGGGAGGGUCAGUGAAACUACAACCUGUAAUGUAUGUUUGCGUCCAUCCCGGCAGCCUGUGUGCAACUACACUGAGCUGCAUACAGGUCAGCAGUGGUUCUGCUACAAGCCAAAGAAGCUCAGUUGUGAUGCCAGGAUCAGUCACUCCAAGGGGGGAUUUACACAAAACAUCACCGUCAUGGAGAACAAGCUGUUUCAAAGUGGUGUCAACUUAAAAGUCUCCAUCCAAGCUUCAGGACUUGCUAACAUCACUGUAUUGCAGCAAAAGAAAGGUCAGAUCUCAAGGCAGCCAGAGGUGAGUCUGGAAUCUGGUCCCUCUGGCUAUUACUACCAGGGUGUGUGGCGAGCUUUAGGUGGCACCACAGUUUGGCAGUUUAACACUUCCUCAGCCAUUACUCAGUGUCUGAGAGGAAAGGUGAUUAAAAUGUACGGAGACUCCACCAUCAGGCAGUGGUUUGAAUACUUUAAUGGAGCACUAUCAGGUCUCAAGGAGUUUAACCUACAUAGCCCUAAGCAAAUUGGACCUUUUAUUGCCCUGGACUACCCAAAUAACAUCUUCCUGACGUACCGUUGCCAUGGUCCUCCUAUCCGGUUUAUGAAUGUCCCUAUCAGCGAGCUCCAUUAUAUUGCCAAUGAGCUAGACAAUGUGAUUGGAGGCAGCAACACCGUUGUAGUUAUUGGCAUUUGGUCACACUUCAGCACUUUCCCCAUUGAAGUCUACAUCCGACGGCUGCAGAGCAUCCGCAGGGCAGUGGUGCGCCUGUUGUCCAGGGCUCCAGAAACAGUGGUUGUCAUUAGGACUGCAAAUCCCAAAGCUUUGAACCUCUAUGAGACACUUACUAAUAGUGACUGGUACUCACUGCAGAGGGACAAGGUGCUCAGGGCCAUGUUCAAAGGAUUGAAUGUCCAUCUGGUGGAUGCCUGGGAGAUGGUUGUGGCCUACAACCUGCCACACAGCCUCCACCCACAACCUCCCAUUAUCAAGAACAUGAUUAAUGUUCUCUUGUCCUAUAUAUGCCCUCAAAAGGGUGGCUAG